AUGUCGGCACCCAAGCCUCCGGCCGGACAUUUCAACGUCCUUUUCUUUGCCAGUGCGAGUUCCUUCACCGGCAAAGAUCAUGAAGCUCUGCCAGCCACUAUGGCGCUCAGCAAGCUCUUCGCCGAGCUCGAGAACAGAUAUCCUGGCAUCAAGGCAAAGAUCCUUGACUCGUGCCUUGUUACUGUCAACCUCGAUUAUGUAGAUUUGCCCGGUGAGGAGGGUGCAGAAGACACGAUGAUCCAAGAAGCAGACGAAGUGGCAAUCAUCCCUCCCGUCAGCUCCGGUUAA